UACUUCACAGAUGAAUGAAAAUAAUUAUAUCAUCAAUAAAUCUUGGAAUAGGACCUUUCUUUUCUUCAUUCAUUUUUUUAUUUUUUUUUUGUAUGGCUAUCAAUCAAUCUCAAUGUGUGUUUUUAAUUUUAUUUCACGACAUAAUCCAUCGUAAGACUAUCGCUGACACCUUUAAAUGUAUCCAUCCAUCUGUUUAUUUUUAUCGCCGCUCAAUAUCAAUACGUUCAUCUCGAAAUGGAAAUGAAACUUUAAUAGUAUAUCUUUAAAGCGCGCUUCAAGUACGCGGAGCUUAUAUAUAUAUAUAUUAUCCUCUUAAUACAUAUUUAUAUUUUUAUAUCUUUCUGUCUGUGCUAUUUCUAACGAUGCAAAACGUAAUAUACAAAGUCAAAAAAAGAAGUACCGCAGAAGAGAUAGAGAGAUAAAAUAGCAGAGAAAAUGUUAGCUGGGAAAAUGAGAUUGCAUUUAAAAUUUCCGUAUUUGCACUCGAUAUAAAACUUUUGGGAAAGUUAUACCGUGAUUUAUUUCACUGCAGCAUCUGCGGCUCGAUAAAAAUGUAUUCAGUCCGACCACACACGCGUAAUCUUUCUGAUUUAUAAAUUCAGUCGCACUGACGAAAAUGAAAUUAUACCAUCAUUUAAUUUUUUCUCUCAGAAAAUUUGCCGUCCGCGAAUCUGUUACACGUGUAUAUAUUCGCCUACAUGAAAUACAUUUCAAUUGCAAGACUCACUCUAUAUUUAUUGCCGCAACUGCCGUGCGAUUGGCGGAAUAGUUAUCGAUCGAUUUGCCGCCAAUCGCAAUACAUAUGGGAGAAGAGUGGUAUAUUUCUAAAGCCGAUUAAUAAAAUGUAAUUGCUCAUAUUGCAUGCUGACUUUCUGUAUUAUAUUCAAUGUGAAAAAUUAUCGAUGUGUUGAUAGUAUAUCAACUAUGUAAUUUUGAUAGCUUAUAAAGAUAUGCAAUAUGCUGUAUGAUUAAGGAUUUUUUUAUAUAAUGCAUCCAUGUUAUAUCAAUAUGACAAAUGUCAUAUAUAUAAUAAAUAUAAGAAAUAUUUUUUAAGUUCUAACAUGUCUCUAUUAUUAAAUGUCAACAGAUUCUGCCAGCCCUCGACAGAUUGUACCAUCAGAACAAUCAAGGGGCUCAUCGGAAUUAUCUCGAACGAUAUCAAGGACCGAGGCCGUCAGGCAGGACGUCAGGAGGUUGAAGAGCGUCACGUUGGAUAGAAUGGGAAAGAUAUUUAAGGCCCGUACGCCUAUCGUGGGAAGAUCUUCUUUGAGCUUGGACACCAAUGUGACAAGCGUCAAUAAUUAUGACGAGAAAGUAUCGAUGAAAGAAAAGACAAACUCUUUAGGAAGGAUGCUUAAGCUCGUCGACAAAGACGGUUCGCCCAAAAAACUUUUUGUUCGCCCCCGGGCAGGAUCGCUGAGUCGUAUACUACGUAGGCAUCCCCAUAAUGAGGACAAUGGAGUUACCGAUAAACCAGCGGAGGAUACCGGGCGUGGAAUUUUCUCCAGAAUGCUCAACCAAUUGAGAGGAAAGUAAAGAUUCAAAGAAGAAACUUGUCGAGCGAUCUUUUAUUAGCAGCCGGGCGUGUCUUGUUGUCGAUAGAUCGACAAACCUCGCUUAAAUCAAUGAUUCCCAGAGAGUACAGACAAUAAAUAAUUUUCUUUGAAACGUUCAAAUCUUUUAUCUUACUUUGCCGGAAAUAUUUAUAAUAUCAUUAUCGUUAUUUGAUAUUAUAAGUAACACAUUUUACACGUAAACAAUUUGAUGAAACAUAUAUUGUUUAUAUACAAUAAUAAGUUUAUGUGACAUUUUGAAAUCAGAAUUAAAUAAAUUUAUUAUCUAAUAAAUUUAUAUAAUAAAACUAUUUUCUUAAAUAAUAUUUUUCUAUUUUUAUUUAUCUUUUUAUGUACUCGCGCAAUGUAUUGAUGAUAAAUAUGAUAGAGGAUACAGGAAAUAAAAAAUUAUAAAGAUUAUUGGAAGAGCCACGUUUAUUAUGCAAGCGUGUCCCUUUUCUCUCGUAUAUUUGAAUAAUGCGAUAUUGCGGGACAACCUGUGUCCUCCUUCGUGUUUCGCACGAAUUGUACAAAUUCUCAGAUAUACACUUAAUAUGUAUUAUGAUAUUACGUGACAGAAAUAAUUAAACGAGUUUGCGAAUUGUAUCGUUAGGAGAGACAUGUGAUUCUUCAUUCUUGCGCAUCGGACUGUUCUCUCUCUCCUCUCGCAGCCGAUACAAAAUAAUAUAUUUACAAAA